AUGGGAGCCAGGAUAACUCUGGACAUUUCAAGGGCUGAUAGCGAUGAUAGAUUUACAAGGAUCCACUACUAUGAUCCCAGGGUCUCCUAUCUGGUACUGACUCCCUUGGAGGGCCUCUUUCUAGACAAAGUUGUGGACGGCCUGGAUGAAGUUUGGGAGGUCCAAACUGACUUGGAAUUUUGCAAAAAUAUAAAAAUACACAACUCAGGUGGCAAGCCAGCUUUGCUCUAUCUCAACAUUUGGGAUGGAAGAAGCUACCAGUUUCUGCAUUUCCGAAAUCUGCAAGGCAAAUGGGUAGAGAUCAGCCGACCCAUGUAUAGCGAGAUCUUACGCGAUCUCGUUCUGAACAUAAAGUUCGACAUUGACGCUCCCUUCGAAACGGAGCUCUUUAGGGUAAAAGAGUGUCCCUCUGCUGGCACCCAUUCGCUGAUAUACUUCCCGGACCAAAGGUACCGGCUGAAGGAAAUUACAAAUGGACCAAAGAGCAUAUGGAAGGCACAAGGGGAGGAAGAAAAGUGCGACUAUUUCGUGCUACAUGGAAACAUCGGGAACCCAAAAUUGGUGCAUGCAUUCGUAACAAGCGGAGAUGACCACAAGAUUCUCUUUUUUGUUAAACAUCAGAACAAAUGGGAUGCAACGAACCAGGAAGAGUUUUACAGGGUCGUUGAAUGCAUUGAAAACGAUCGUCCCUAUGAGCAAAUGGAGACUGAGUGA